AUGUUGCAACGCACGAUCCUCAGACAGCGCCGCGCUGUAUUCUCAAGCAUAAACAGAGCUACAAUUCCGUCAUCGCCAUUGAGACAGUCAUCGCCGUUCCAACAGCUUGCCCUAAAACAAUCUGCCUUCAGAUUCACACCUCGCUUAUACUCUACAGAAAAUGGCACAAAACAAGAAGAUGCCAAGAAAGAGAAUGGUGAAGGCUCUGAGAAACCAGCCGAGAGCCCUGAGGAUGCCCUCAAGAAGGAGCUUGAAGUCAAGGACAAGGAAAUUGUUGAUUUGAAGGAUAAAUACCUCCGUUCCGUUGCAGACUUCCGUAACCUCCAAGAGCGAACCAGACGUGACAUGGACAAUGCCCGCUCUUUCGCCAUUCAAAAAUUCGCAGUUGACCUCCUCGAAUCAAUUGACAAUUUCGAUCGCGCUCUUUCCGUUGUGCCCGCUGAAAAACUUAAUAACGACCAAAGCGAGACCAACAAGGAUCUCCAGGAGCUUCACCAGGGAUUGAAGAUGACCGAGAACAUUUUGUUGAGCACACUCAAGAAGCACGGACUCGAGCGCUUUGAUCCUUCGGAGACUGCAGAUGGAAAGCCUCAAAAGUUCGACCCCAAGCUUCAUGAAGCUACUUUCAUGGCCAAAGCAGAGGGCAGGGAGAAUGGCGACAUUAUGUUUGUCCAAAGCAAGGGUUAUAGCUUGAACGGUCGUGUUUUGCGGGCAAGUUGA